ACCAUUUCAGGAAGUGAAACCGAGGACGGGGAAACCACGGGAAGUGACGAGUUAGAAGGCUAGCCAUAUUGUAAUUGGAUAUAAAUUUUAGAUAUGAAUCAUGAUCUUGUAUUUGGAGAUUUUAUGAUAUCAAAGUAAAUUUUAAAGAUUUGAUCUUCAGUUUUUGGUGGUAUCAGAGUGUGAUAUGAUAAGUUCCGAGCCUUGUGCAUUUGUGGGACUUUCUCACGAGUGCACGGCGUCUGUCGCGUCUCGAAAUUGGGUUUUCU